AGGUUCAGGCAUUGGUUUAAGAUCAAACCUAGGCCAUCUACUAUUCAUACAGCAGAGGCAUGAAGAAGACUUCUGGCUUGACAGUUUUCCAGAAGUUGAUCAUCAGCCCUUUUUAUAAGAAGGCAUACUGUAAGCCACGGAAGAAGCUGUAUUGAAAUAUAUUCAUGGACAAGUGACUGAAAAGGAAAAGUGUUUUAGGAAAAGCAGAGCAAGCAACAAGGAUGACUGGAGCCUUCAAAAGAUGGUCAAGCAAAGCCAAUUCAAGGCUUUGGGAGAGCUUUGGGAGAGAGUGGAGUGAGGCUGGAGUCAGUGCAUCAUGAGCCACCAUCCACAGAUAGUCCUCAGGAAAUAGACUAUAACUGUUGUAUUCCAAGUAUCGAUCCACUCCUGAACCAAAGACAACAUCAGAAGCAUCUUUCCUGGACUAAGGAAUGAAGUGAGUUUACCUGCCUGUGGAGUUUAUAAAACACUGUUUAUGUGGCUGAAUCUGCCGUUUUCUCUGUUUAUUUUAGUCCUGCUGUCGUUUCUUGAGCGCAGAAGAAAGGUCUAUGACUGUGAGAGGAGAUUCCCGUGUCUGGCCGGCCGAUUCAGCUUCACUGUACCUCUGGACUUCACUGGCAAGAUGCGGAACCGAUGGUCUUAUGUUUUUGCCUUCGGUGCCGUGGCCCGCUUUGUAAUCAGUCUAAUAUUGAAUGACGCCAAAGAUGACAGCGUGCCAUACCCAACAGCUUUGGUACUAGUCAAAGAUGCAUUGCUGGUGAGCAUGGUCUGCAUGCCGUUCUUCACCUGUCUAUCAACACCACACCGCCUGCUCGGAGGAGUCCUGGGGCUGCUUUAUUCACUCUCCUGGUUUGUUGCACAGAUGUGGUUUCUGAUUGUGUGCAAAGGAACCGUACCCAAGGAUAACAGUGAUGGGGAGUACAGUAUACGGAUAGAGUUGUUGUUAAAUAUCCCACCGAUCCUGUUCUUGGGGUUCUUGGUGUGCCGCUUUGGUUCCAUCACAGUGAGGGGUAUACUGAACCGCCUGAGGAAUUACAGCAAGCAGGAGGAAUUGAAGAAGCACGAGUACAAAUAUGUCCAGUGUUUGCUGAGAAGGCCUGCUGGAGUGCCUGUUGAGAAGAGCUGGUUCCAGAGGAAUGUGUAUGAGUGGGAUCCAUAUUUUAGAUUCCCAAACAGGAUCAUCGCCACCAUCAUGCUCUCCUUUUAUGGGUUGUAUAUAACAGUGACAGGGGAGCAGACACCAUACUGGAGCUUCGUCUCGAAUGUAACCAUGUUUUGGGAAGAAUAUUUAAAACAAAUCUGGGACGAAAAAUCCUUUCAAAAACACCUGAACUAUGUCACAUACUCCUGGUAUAUCUCAUCAGCUUGUGCUGCGCUCACGUGUGUCAUUCACAUCAGUGAGGUGUUGGUGUGUUACAGGAAACAUAUAAAAUCGCUGCGCGUUGGAGAAAGGAAAUUCCUGCCAAAGACGUAUAAACUGGAACCUACACAUGGAGUGGUUGGCCUGUUGAAGUAUCCCGGCUAUCAGAUCGCCUUCUCCGUCUGGGGUUACGUGAUCUUGCGCAGUGUGAUGUUUGUGCUCAGCCUGAUAUUUGUAUAUCUGGUUAUAUCACCGAUUCGUGAAGAUGGAUUUCUCGACUGGCUGAAGUUGUUUGCCAAGACUAUGGGAAGUGUCUGCUUCUUGCUUGCACUGGUGUGGCUGCAGCGUGUCCUGGGGUAUUUCUUUUUCCUGCAAGACAAAAUCUCACCUACGGAUGAGGGAAAGCCGUUAGCACUCGAUAACAGGAAGGUCUUCCACAACUUUAACUACUUCUUCUUUUUUAUUAAUGUGAUCCUGGGCUUUAUGAGCUGCUUGUUGCGUGUCAUUAAAAGCACCUCCAUGGGUCUGAUGUUGCUGACACGCAUCAAUAGGACCAUAAUGCCAGAGGGCUUCGAGAAGCUGGACAAAAGUUACUGUAUGUGGGUGGGAAUGAUAAUGGUGGAUCAUCAUCACACUAACCCAGUCCUUGUGUGUUUCUGCCACCUGCUGCUUAAACACACUUUAGAGAGUCUCCAAAACAGCGAGUACUCACGUUUAAACCCUGAGCCGCUAGCAAAGAACCGAGUUCGCAUUCGCUGGCUUGUCAUGUACACCCUACUGAGGAACCCUAAACUCAUCUUCCUGAGAAAGAAACACAAGCAGAAUAAACACAAAGAGGCUGAGCGUGCCUUCACUUGGGCUGUCUCAAACAUGGCAUAAAAAGGAACAACAAGGGACCAUAGACAAGCUCAAGAAUGUUUUUACCUGGAAUUUGUCUGAUACGAGUCGAAAAGUUAUUCUGCGAAAGAUAUGUACAGUAUUACAUUAAUUUAGCAUGAGGUGUCUGAGAUGAUAGUACUUUAUGCUACUAGCAAUUCUAUGAGGGUUUUGUUUUAUGUUUUAUUUUAUUGUCAUAUCUUAAGAUUUCUGGAUAUCAAAAUUCAGAUACACAGUUAAACCUUUUACUCAUUUAUGUCUGAAGUUCAGAAUUAAAACUUUCCUUCUUAUCUAACCGUCUUCCACAAAAACUGGAGAAUUGUGAAUGGGCUUGGGUUAGGUCUCCAACUCCCCCAUAGCAAAGAAACUCCAAGAUGAGAUCUCAUGUUAAUCUCUUUUUUGUCUCAUAGACAGAAAUGAGCCAUCUUUGAGACUUGAAUGUGAUUUUGGAGUUCUCCGCAUCUUCUUAAAGGUGUCUCAAAUGUGGCUCAUUACCGCUAAAUCUCAGAGCUCAUAUUUGUCUUGUGUGCGACUCACAUAUAUUUUGUUUUCCCAAAAGCAGUGUUUCCCACACAUAAAGUAUACAGUUCUUGUUUAUUUGGGUUUUAUAUGCUGUGUCAUGUGUGUAUAGUUAGUUAAAUGAAAUAAAAUCGAGUUCUUUA